GAGAGAGAGAGAGAGAGAGAGAGAGAGAGAGAGAGAGAGAGAGAUCUUAUAAUCACACAAAACAACACCAAGUCUUAUUCGAGGGAUUUUCCCCCAAAUCUUCGAUCCGAGAAUUUUAGGGUUUCUACAUCAAAAAAAUUCCCCAAACCUUCUCCGUAAUUCUUCGGGAUUUCCCCAUACUUAUUCCAUUUUAGCAACUUUAUCGUCAUUGGUGUCUUCUUCGCACCACUCUCCAAACCUUAAGGAGCGAAUUCAGAAGUUAGAAGUGUGGUUUACUGAGAAUUGGGGGACAAGUUGGUGGUGGUAUGGAGAUGUGGUAUUGAGAAGAUUGAGUGUGAGUGUUUGGGAACAUAUGUUAUGAUUAUUAUGAGGAAGAAAAGGAAAGGAAGUGAGACGGAUGCAUCUACGGAUCUGCGUGAUGUUAUUUUGCCUUUGGAACAUGGUUCUGUUGGGUCGUCGAUUUUGAAGUCUCAUUACUCGCUAGAAGAUUGUUGUAGGUUGAAGAAAAGGUGUAAAGAAAAUGCUGACACUGAAGCUGCUAGUUCCUUUAAAAGUAGGCUUGCUGGCAUUGCUACUGCGCCGCCAUGUGGGACGUCAUCUUUGGUCACGCGGGGUAGAGGUCUCAAGAGGAAGAUAGGUUGCAUUGAUGUUGCUACUCAGAUGGGCAGGAAGAAGAAGAUUGAGGAUGAUUAUGUUUCUGGUGAAUCGAUUGGGCAAGGGAAAUUUGGAUCGGUUUAUUUGUGUAGGUCUAGGGUUAGUGGAGGAGAAUAUGCAUGCAAAACUCUGAAGAAAGGGGAGGAGACAGUUCACCGUGAGGUUGAGAUAAUGCAACACUUGUCUGGACAUUCUGGGGUGGUGACACUGUUAGCAGUUUAUGAAGAAGCUGAAUGCUUUCAUCUUGUGAUGGAAUUGUGUUCUGGGGGACGGCUGAUUGAUCAAAUGGUUAAGGACGGUCCGUAUUCGGAACAACGGGCUGCUAACAUACUCAAGGAAGUGAUGUUAGUCAUCAAGUAUUGUCAUGACAUGGGAGUUGUGCACAGAGAUAUCAAACCCGAGAAUAUUCUGCUCACAAAAUCAGGAAAAUUAAAGCUUGCCGAUUUUGGACUUGCCAUGAGAAUUUCAGAAGGUCAAAACUUGACUGGAUUGGCUGGAAGCCCUGCAUAUGUUGCCCCCGAAGUAUUGUCGGGCAGCUACUCUGAGAAGGUUGAUAUAUGGAGCGCUGGAGUGCUCCUGCACGCUCUGUUGGUUGGCUGUCUUCCAUUCCAGGGAGAUUCAUUGGAAGCUGUUUUUGAGGCCAUUAAGACUGUCAAAUUAGAUUUGCAAGUAGGGAUGUGGGAAUCGAUAUCUAAACCAGCACGGGAUCUUGUUGCGAGAAUGCUGACAAGGGAUACUUCUUCCAGGAUAUCAGCUGAAGAAGUACUCAGGCACCCAUGGAUAUUGUUCUACACUGCUAACUCAUUAACAAUGCUGCCCAUCAAAACAAAAUUGAAGAAUCAAAUUGGUGCCACAUGCAAACAGCUUGUCACCGCACCAGAACCUAGGUUAGGAGGAAACAUGAUAGAUAACGGCUCACUUAGCGAGCUAUCAUCCUCUGAAAGUUGCAAUUCAGAUGAUCAGGAUGAAUGUGUGUUGAUUGAUGCACUUGCAACUGCAAUUUCACAUGUGAGGAUAUCAGAACCAAAAAGGAGCAGGUUGUGUAGUCCGACUGGCCCCAUAGUUCAGCAAGGUUCAUCUAACAUGAAGGCUAACAACCUCUGUAAAGCAUUUUGACAUACUGACACCACUUCACUACCUGAUGUUUUAGCUGUGGGAAAAAGUGGAUUUUUUACAUGCUGACAUCCCAUGUUAGAUUGGGCUGGUGGGUCUUCUCGGAGUUCCUCUUUUGUGAGAUAUAAUUGCAAUAAUUGUUUUUUUUCCCCUUUUCUGGUUAACCCAAUAAUAAUAGUUGACCGACAACUUAAAUAAUUGUACAGCCUAUGUAAAUAGAAGAUUAAUCUAUUACUUCCAAGCUCUUGAUCCUCUCUGAAAUUUUGACAAGUAGAAUAUGAUUUCA